AUGUUGCUGAGCUUAACUUCGGUUUCAAAUGAACCAAGCAACAAUGACGAGAAUAAGUAUGGCAUGAAAUACAACUCUAGAAGAAUAUCUCUUCCAAGAUUUACAAGUAGUGAUAAUGGGUUCGAUGAGGAUAACGAAAACGAGACAAAUAAUGCUACUAAUAAAGAAAAUAUUCCUAAUGGUAACGAUGUACCAACUGGGUUAAGGGAGAAUGAAGAUCCUGAAGAAAUUUAUAGAAUAGUGUCAGGCGGCUCUAAAACGGGUAAUGGAGAACAAACUAAACUGAUACCAAGGAAUGAUAAAAAGAGUAGAAUAGGGAAUUACAAUGAUUCAUCCAAUAUUGUGGGAAAUGCGUGGUCUUUUUUCAAUAGGAAUGAGGAUAAGCAAGAAUUACGAUACGAGAAUGAGGAUGAGGAACAAAGAGACGUGACACCAUAUACUAGUCAGCAACCAAGUGAAGAGCUUGAGCCACAAGCCCUUUCGAAUGAUGUUGAAAGCCCUGGACAAAUUAGCCCUCAACAUAUUGAUGACACUUACCGAACAGAUGAUAUCAACCAAGCUGACAGCACUCAAGUAAGCAAUGACCAGCCAGUACCUUCACAACCUCAGCCAACAAGAGGUCAAUCAUUUUCGAAUUUUUUACCCGCAAAAUUUGGCGGUCGAUCGCAUCAUACAGGUACACCUAAUAAUUUAGGUGAUGACAAGUGGGCUAAAUCUAAACGAAAGUUUCAAUUUUUCAGCCGUAAAAAUAAAAAUAAAGAUAAGGAAUCAAGAAGGGGAACGACUGUUGCUGCACCAGACGAAGAGGAAGCUGACCGUGCUACCGGGGAAAGAGCGCAGCUUUUAGUCGGGACUUUGAUAAUUGGGUCUCCUGCCAUCAAUUUACUUGCAUCUUGUUUAUUAGAGGAUGAAAAAGGUAUCGCUAGAUCUCCAUUAUUGUUGACCUUAAUUGGGUUUAAAAUCACUGAUAUUUCACUGACAAUUACUACUAAGAACAGAAAAUUUAGAAUUGACUUGGAAUAUGGAGUCGGUCCCCAGAGAUUAAAAUGGGCUGUUGAGAGGAAUGCUAAGGAUUUAUUAUACUUACAUUCCCGGUUUAAAUUCGAUAGCUGGAAGAAAGAAGUAGUCCGAAGUAAGAAUUCUGAAUUACCGAAGUAUCCAAUGCCUCCUUUCAGGGGCCGUGGGAAUGCAGAACAAAGCAAUACAAAACAAGGAAGUCACCAAGUCAAUCCUGGUAGAAGCAAUCCCACAAGUUUUGAUGGUAAUGAAAGAAUGUUGGAAGCUCCCCAUAAUGACAAUGCUUCUAUUGCUACGGGAAGAAGCUUUGGCGAUAGAUUCAGUCAUUUGAGAGCUCAUUUAAGUAGUGUUUCAUCUGCGUCAACUGAAAUACACUCUCCGGAACAAUUGCGUACUAAAAUGGCGAAGAACCAAGAUUACAUAAACCAAGUAACUAACUAUUUGAAUGAACUCAUUAAAUUGGUAGCAUUGAAACCCCAAUCCAAUAAAUUGUUUCAAUUCUUCGAGAUAUCACCAAUAUCAUCCUUGUUGAGCUAUGAAACUGGAUUCCUCGGUAAGCAGGGUGUAAUUCAUAUUGGUGGAAGCGCAAAGUCUCAGGGUUGGAGAGUUGGCCAUUUUAAGGCCAAUGAUUUGAAAGGCAUGAUUGAUAGACGUUCAGAGAAAUGGCUCUUAGUUAGAGGUUCUUAUGUUAUGUAUGUCGCGGACAUCAACGCCACAUCACCAUUGGAAGUAUUUUUAGUUGAUUCAAAGUUUAGAAUUCAUUACCACGGAGAUGAUGAUAAAUCGUACCUUCUUUCAAAAGAUGAUGAAGAAUCAGAUUAUGAUGAUUCUUCUUUGAUUCAAAACGUAUUAGGACGUAAAGAAGACUCACAUUCGGAAGAUGCACAUAAAAAUGUCUUUAAGCAUUUGAAUAUUGUAUUGGAAAAUUCAGAGAGAAAGUUAGUUUUGAUUCCAAAAUCUCAAAAGGAAAAGAAGCUUUGGAUUAAGUCUUUGACAGAUAUGAAAGCAUCAACUAUUUGGUCAGAACCUCACAGAUUUGGCUCUUUUGCUCCAAUUAGAUCAAAUUGUUUUGCUCAAUGGUUUGUUGAUGGAAGAGAUUAUUUCUGGGCCGUGUCCUCUGCAUUAGAAAUGGCGAAAGAUGUUAUUUUUAUUCACGAUUGGUGGUUGUCUCCAGAAUUAUAUUUGCGUCGACCAGCUAACGGAAACCAACAAUGGAGAAUUGAUAGAAUAUUACAAAGAAAAGCACAACAGGGAGUUAAAAUUUUCAUAAUUGUCUACCGUAAUGUUGGAAGCACAGUAUCAACAGACUCUUUAUAUACAAAACAUUCCCUUUUAUCUUUAAAUGAAGAAAAUAUUCAUGUCAUCAGAUCUCCAAACCAAUUACUUCAAAACACAUAUUUUUGGGCACAUCAUGAAAAAUUAUGCAUAAUAGACCAGACAGUGGCAUUUUUAGGGGGUAUUGAUUUAUGUUACGGUAGAUUUGAUACACCAGAUCAUGUGUUGGUUGAUGAUUCAAAAAUGGAUUUCAAUUCUUUGGAUUCUGAAUUUUCAGUUACACCAGAAGAAUAUAUCAGAUUCCAAACUUUUCCCGGUAAAGAUUACUCUAAUCCUCGUGUUAAAGACUUUUUGGAAUUAGAUAAGCCAUAUGAGUCAAUGUAUGAUAGAAAUGCAGUACCAAGGAUGCCAUGGCAUGAUGUUCACAUGGUGACUUCUGGUAAAGUUGCUAGGGAUUUAUCCAGACAUUUUGUACAAAGGUGGAACUACCUAAUUAGACAGAAACGACCAAGUAGAUAUACUCCAUUACUUACUCCACCUCCAGAUUUCUCUGAAGAAGAAGCAGCUGAAAUGGGAUUGGACGGAACUUGUGAAGUUCAAUUGUUGAGAUCUUCUGGAAAUUGGUCGUUGGGAUUAAAAGAGCAUGAACAGAGCAUUCAAAAUGCAUACUUAAAAUUAAUUGAAACUUCGGAGCAUUUUGUAUACAUAGAGAAUCAAUUUUUUGUUACAUCAUGUGUUAUUGAUGGAAAUGAAAUUCAGAAUAGAAUUGGUGAUGCUUUGGUAGAUAGAAUUAUUAGAGCGCAUAAUGAGGGCACCAAUUGGAGAGCUGUGAUAGUGAUUCCGUUAAUGCCUGGUUUCGAAUCUCAGGUCGACGAACCGGAUGGUUCCUCUGUUAGAGUUAUUAUGCAAUGCCAAUUUAUGUCAAUUUCAAGACAACCAACAUCCAUCUUUGCCAAAUUAAGAAAAUAUGGAAUUGAUCCGGAUGACUAUAUUCAAUUCUUUUCUUUAAGAAAAUGGGGUAUUAUAGGACCAGAUAGAACUUUAGUCACGGAACAGUUAUAUAUUCACGCUAAGACUAUGAUUGUGGAUGACAGGGCUGCUAUAAUAGGUAGUGCUAAUAUUAACGAAAGGUCCAUGAGAGGAUCCAGAGAUUCAGAGGUUGCAGCGAUUGUUAGGGAUAAUAAGACUGUCAAAAGCAGAAUGAAUGGUGAAGAAUACUUAGCGGGUAAAUUUGCUUACACAUUAAGAAUGAGAUUAAUGAGGGAGCAUCUUGGCGUUAGUGUUGAUAUUCUUGAUAUUGUUGAAAGAAGAUUCAAUAGAUUUGAAGAAUUUGCACGUACCUCCCGUGGUAUAAAAGCAGCAACUAGCAGAUUUAAAAAUAAGGAGAAUACCAUUCUAUCAGCAAUGGUGGAAAUAGCUUCUAGGGAUAUACUUGAUGAACCAAACGGUACAUAUAGAUGGAAAAACUACCAAAGGUUGAACCAAGUAGAUGAAGCAAUUGAUCAAGUUCCACUUGAUGAUGUUGAUGAAGAGGAGAAGGGUCAAAAUAUUCCAUCCCCAUUAUCGUUACCAAUAUCUUUUAGUAAUAGAACUGGAACACACGAAGCCAAUAAAGGUAUCAGAGACAGUAAGAAGCACUCUUAUGAUGCUAGAGUACAGCACAAUGAAAAUCAUAAAAAGGACGUCUUUGGUGAAGGCCCCGAUAAAUACAAGUCUAAGUUGGCUAAAAGAGCUAGAUUAAAUAGUGCAAGGUUUUUGAAGGAGCUUGCAAGUAAAGCAAUGGAAGAAAACCCAGUGGGAAUAUUUUUACCAGAUGGUGCUCUAGUUAAAGACUUUUUGGAAUCUGAUGAUUGUGAGAUGAUUGAUGAAAUGGAUGAAGAAUCAGAAAACAUUAUCUCUGAAAGAAAUAGAGAAAGAUGGCAAUUAUUAAAGAAGGUUUCUUAUUUGCAACGUGUUGCUGCAAGAACCAAAGAACAGUCAGAAGAAGAAUCCAAAAAGCGUGUUGCAGCGGGUAUGGAACCUUUUAACCUGGAACCUUUAUCACAAAGUUCCAUGCAAGAUAACAAAUUACCUGAACCAGUCGAUGGUAUGGAUAACACAAAUCAAAAGAUUGUUUCAUCCCUUGAUCCUAGUAACUAUAAGUCCCCAAAUUCCACAAGUGAGAAGAAGUCAUUUGAUCCGGUACUGACACCAGCUGAAUAUUCAGAUGAUAUACCUAUUGUUUCAUUAGAUGAAGAAGGUGUUCGUCAAACUGUACAGACUGUAAAUUCAGAAGGGAUUGAGAAUUUCAGUACGUUUGUUGAUCCUUACGGGUUUGAAGAUCCACUAGAUGAGGAAUUUUACGAGGACUUGUGGUAUGAACAUGCUAGAAGGAAUACUGAACUUUUCAGAAUGAUAUUCCAUACUCAACCUGAUAAUGCGGUUUCAUCUUGGAAGGAAUAUAAGAAUCACUCAAAGUUGCAACGAGCAUUUUUGCUUUCUCAACAACAUGAAGCUAAGUCAAGAAAGCAGAAAAAAUACUACAAUGGUGGACAGGAUGAUUUGAGUUUACUGGAUAUUGAAACUGAUAACAAUACAGAAUACCGCAAACCUGAUAUGAAUAAGAGAAAUAGUCAAGCUACGAUUAAUGUGAAGAAAUUGGAAGACGUUGGCCUUUUAGGUGAGGUCCCACUGUCUUCAAACAGUAGUACAUCAUUGCCAAGCACGAACGUGCGUAACGAACCACGCUCGAGGUUUAGACGUAAUGCUAAGAAGAAUAUUAUUCCCGAACUCAAUGAAGAUGAGAGUGACACAUUCGAAGACGCGGAAGAGCAUAUGGAGUAUGAUGAAGAACCAUCUUCUAGAAGUCCCGAAUCUGAAAAUAAUCAAAAAUACGCAGCACAAAAUGGUUCAGUUCCUCAACUAAAUGUCAAUGGUGGAACCUAUAAAGAGAAUGAGGUUGAUGAGUCUCUGGCUCCAACUAAAAAGAGAAGAAGAAGGAAGACUUUCAGUGCUAGAAGAAAGGCUAUGUUGGGUGAAAGAAUAUUCGAAAGAGAUACUGCUGAAAGAAUAUUAAGAGAAAUCCAAGGCCAUUUGGUCGUUUUCCCAGCAGAUUGGUUAAUGAGGGAAUUAGAAGGUGGAAAUUGGUUCUAUAACACUGAUAGAAUUCCGCCAAUCGAUAUUUAUGAUUGA